GCCACUAACCAGGAAACGAAAGUAAACAACAGCGAUGUAGGAAGCGGAAAGGCUCCGGGGCUGCGGGUCGCCGGUGACUGAUGAAGAUGCGCGUGCCACUCAUCUGCCCGGGGAACGUCUGGAGGCGCACGGUGACGUAGACGUCCGCUCCCUGGAAGAGCGUCUCCCGUUCGUGAGGGAUGGAGCGGGCUCGGCACCGAGGCUAGACGGAGCGCCGAGCCGAGGCGCAGCCAUGUUGGCCCUCAGGUUCCCAGAGGAAGAGGCCCCUGAGAUGGAAGAGAUGGACACCUCAGAGAGCAACUGGUGCUGGUUCUACCUGGCCGAAUGUGGAGUGUGGCACAUGUUUGAGGUGGACCCCAGCGCGGCCUGCUCGGUGACCAGCGCUCAGAUCGAGCAGUGCUACAGCAGGAACCAGCGCGGCGUCAUGGAGUUCUCCACGGCCAAGUACACGUACCGACUGGACUUCUCAGCCAUGCGGCAGAUAAACCUGGUCACAGGCAAGCAGCGGCCAAUCAAGCGCUCGCUUCACUCCGCCACCGGCUUCCGGUUCAUAUGUGAUAACCUGGCGCUGCCUGUUCCGUGUCACUGGGAGAGAAUCAACACUGAGGAGCCGUAUCAGGUGAUCCAGCUGGGCCGAGACACCUACGAGUUCAAGGAAGUGGCCAGACUGUACGAGAGGACCAUGAACGAGCCCAUCAAAUCCAUUCAGAGGGUCCAGAACCUGGACCUCUGGGAGUUCUUCUGCAGGAAGAAAAUGCAGCUGCGGAAAGUCAAGCGCAGCCUGGACAUCGAGGAGCGGAUGCUGUUCCACGGAACCGGCCACAGCAACAUCCAGGCCAUCUGCACCUUCAACUUCGACUGGCGGCUGACGGGAAGUCAUGGCGACGUCUAUGGCAAAGGGAGCUACUUCGCCCGGGACGCCAAGUACUCCAGCAAGUUCUGCCACAGCACGGGGAAGCACUACAGCACGCUGCAGAAGCACUGCAUCCCCUCGCCCAUCUUCGCCAGCAAGCCGGCCCACAAGACCAUGUUCCUGGCCCGGGUGCUGGUGGGGGAGUACACGCUGGGCCGCGCCGUCUACUGCAGGCCGCCCUCCAAAGACACCAGCUUCACCAACUUCUACGACAGCUGCGUGGACAGUCUGACCAACCCAAAGAUCUUCGUCAUCUUUGACUGCAACCAGAUCUACCCCGAGUACCUGAUCGAGUUCUACGAGCAGUGAGGGACGCGCUCGCCGACUCAAGUGCCUUCAGAGGUGGCGGCGGCAGCGGCGGCGGCUCAAGACAGACACGUCGACACAGCAUUGGUUUUCAGAAGAGGACGAGACCAUGAGUGACGUACAAACGCUGACCUUCUGUCGUCCAGAGCAGUGUCAUCUGAAGGGGCCCUCCAGCGUGUUCUCCUCCUGCAGCCAUGGAACGUUACGCCCUCAAAGCGAAGCAUCUCAAUAAUAUGUGGUCGUUUGUAGUUAUACUUUCCAAUCGGCUGCCUCUCAACGUUCUGCUGCUUCACACAGAAGGAGCAACAAGCACUACAAAAAUGGCCGACGCUCUGAACCCAGGACUCCAUUGAUCAUAAAAAAAAACAAAACAAAAGAAAAACUACAGAAGCAUCAUCGGGCCUCUUUAAAAGGUGUUAUUUUUUUAAGUAUGGAGGCCCAUUCCUGCAAGGCUUGAUACAUAAAGGUUAACAACAUUAAGAUCAACUAAGGACCAGGCGGCGGCACGACCGAGCAGGUGCCAUGAGUCCGGGAUGCGUUGAGUUAGUGUUCGUGUUGCUUGUGUCGACAAAGUCGGUGUCAGCCGGCCACUGUGUUUGGUUAAUCCGGAAGCGUUGACCCUGUAAGCGCUGCCUGUGGUUUCCAGAACACAGCUGCUAGUAUUUGUAUAUCAAGAUAUAUAUUUUUUCUGUCUUUAUUUUUCACCAGGCAGAAAUGCGUCUCCAUACCUGGCUCUUUAAUCGUCACACGCUGUUUCUAAAAUGUCUGACAUGUUUGUUUUGCCAUAUGAAUCUUUUGAACAAAGCCCGUCUGCAGACGCCAUGUUACGAUGGUGGCAGAGGCAAGCGACGUCCUGGUGUUGACAAAGGUGGUGGAACGCUCCUCACUCGGGUUCCACUCGCGCUUCCACGGCUGUGGCCUCCAGCGGUCGUCACUUGGCACGUCGUCCCACGGACGCUUCUACCUCUGGAACACUGCAGACUCCUUUCCGUGAAAGGGCCGCCAACCUUGUCACAUUGACGCGCGCCAGUCACGUGACCUGGGCAGGGCCGCCGUGAUGCCGCGGCCUCUGAAGAACCCUUGUCGGACCCUGAAUGUAGCCGAACACACCGGGGGGGGGGGGGGAUUCAGUCCGCCACUAGAGGGCGCGACAGAGCAAAGGAAACCACAAAGCUGGCCUGUAGCUGUGACGUCAGUAUGUGCGCGUCUGUGUGUGUGUGUGCGUAAUAUAUCUCCGUUUGUUUCUGUAAACAAGAAAUAAAUGUUUCAAGCAUCUUUUCUUUCUCAUCUUUCAAGUGGAAACUGUAAAACCGAGGAGACGUUCAUGUAUUUUAACAUCCAAGCUGAUCAUUUAACACCUGACUUUCGCUGACUGUUUCCUUGUUCUUUAUGGUUUCAUUGAAAAGCUCCACAUUUCAUUUGACUCCCUGUGUCCAGUGUCACCUGUUGCGUUUGCUGCUCGUCCUCACAUGUAGCAAGUUGUCUGUUAGGCAGUUUUUCUCAGACAACGUAUUUAGUUUUACCUCCACCACGUUUGGUCCACAGUUCUUCUACCAAGUCACUGACCUCUGACUGGCUCCACUUGUUCAUCACACCGUGUGUUAAGACUCUUAGACUGUGACUAGUGUAUUGUUGAGAAACAGAAAAUUAGAUGAGUAGUGAAGGGUAGAUGAGGCUUCAUGACACAGUAGUGAAGGGUAGAUGAGGCUUCAUGACACAGUAGUGAAGGGCAGUUGAGGCUUCAUGACACAAGAGGGAAGUGGUGAUGAGGCUUCAUGACACAGUAGUGAAGGGUAGAUGAGGCUUCAUGACACAGUAGUGAAGGGUAGAUGAGGCUUCAUGACACAGUAGUGAAGGGCAGUUGAGGCUUCAUGACACAAGAGGGAAGUGUUGAUGAGGCUUCAUGACACAGUAGUGAAGGGUAGAUGAGGCUUCAUGACACAGUAGUGGAGGGUAGAUGAGGCUUCAUGACACAGUAAUGAAGGGGAGAUGAGGCUUCAUGACACAGUAGUGAAGGGCAGUUGAGGCUUCAUGACACAAGAGGGAAGUGGUGAUGAGGCUUCAUGAUUUGUUGUAAUGACUUGACAAGCUUCCUGGAGCAACAAGUCACGGGCAUCAGCUGCUCACUCAGUCGUGAUGAAACACCCAACAGCUCGAAAACAAACAAGCAAUAAGUACACCGCGGACAUGAGUUUGGCACCUUUUUAUCAGUCGACGUCUGAAAACAGAAUCUGAGACAAAAACAUUCCUCUCACUCGCACCUCAACUAUCACUCCACACACAGCGUCCAUCUUCCAUCUUUGUGGGGAGCUCUCACUGAGCCAGCCUGUGCCCUGGAACCUGACCCUCCAUAAGACACGGGGCUGACCUGAACCAGGACUGCAACCCAGUUAGAACCUGUCCCUACAAGCUCCUACGGUCCUCACAAGGACAGGGUUUAGUCAAGAGCUGGUCCCCACAAAGAUAAACAAGGCCACCCAGACACAGCUUGUGUCCCAGGUUGUGCACACAUGAACGAGUCGGGCGGCUCAGGCAACAGUGGGAAGUGUCCUAGUCACAGUGGGAUCCGGCUGGCCCUGAUGCUUCCUGUCACCUGAUCCAAGCUUCCACAACACCACACGCAGCUGUCUCCUUCUGUGGAGCGGAGGCCUUGUCGCAGGGGCAGCGCUCCGAGUCAAGAAGCCCAGACCUCCCUCUCCCCCGGGCAGGACGUG